UAUUACUUUGAUCCUAAUUACUGAGAUAAUAGCACACUGGUUGAAUAGUGAACAAGAUGUAAAGCAGUAUAUAUCAGACAUUAAACAAGGCUGAUUGUUACAAUACUAAGCACUGUUACUAAUUAUUACGCGCACAAUGCAGAAAUCAUCAUGUAUCAAAAUAUACGCAACGUGAAGCAGAAAUUAUCAUCUAUGGAUCGAAGGUGAACAACAUGGCGAAUCAAACAGCUGAUUACCAUGGGGGUAUUUACCAAUGGAAUCGCACGAUGUCGGCGGAGGAAGGAGAUGUGGAAACGGAAUAUUAUCUACCAAAUUGGACUGAUCUUGUUCUAGCAGGAUUAUUCACGUUGCUGAUUAUUGUUACCACAGUCGGCAAUACUUUAGUGAUCGCGGCUGUAAUCACCACCAGGCGAUUACGCUCCGUAACUAAUUGUUUUGUGUCUAGCUUGGCGGCGGCGGAUUUAUUAGUUGGUCUAGCUGUGAUGCCACCGGCGGUUCUGUUACAACUUACAGGAGGUACUUGGGAAUUGGGCGAGAUACUAUGUGACUCUUGGGUCUCUCUUGACAUUCUACUCUGCACGGCCAGUAUUCUCUCGUUGUGUGCCAUAUCUAUAGACAGGUAUCUGGCCGUAACUCAGCCGUUGAUAUACAGUCGUAGACGCAGGAGCAAAAGAUUGGCCGGGGUGAUGAUUGUGGCGGUAUGGAUAAUGGCUGGUGCUAUAACAAGUCCACCUUUAUUAGGUUGUUUUCCUCGUGCGACGAACCGUGAUGUCAAAAAGUGCUCCUACAACAUGGACUCCUCGUACGUGAUAUUUUCGGCGAUGGGUAGUUUCUUCCUACCCAUGUUGGUAAUGCUGUACGUGUACGGCAGAAUUUCGUGCGUCAUAGCGAGCAGGCACAGAAAUCUGGAGACGACCAACGAGGUGGAGAAUGUCCGAUCGCGUCGUAAAAUCACGGUGAGAACUAUUUGAUUUAGUCUUCCCUAGAGACGCAAUAGAAGAUCAUUAGUGUACUUCCAGCGCUAUUUCUUGUUAUACAUCCUGUUAUAUACGACAAUUUUUAUUAGAUAUUUACUUUACAUUACAUAUAUUUACUAUAUAAUUCGAUAGAAUUUGAUAAUGUGGCUGGCAUCGUGUAUUUAUUAUCUGAGUGUACAAGCUUUUCCCUACUUAAA